AUGAGCAAUUCAGAAGAGUUUGAUCCCAAAGAGCACCAGCACCUGCGGUACAACCCUCUCAGGGACAGCUGGGUGCUUGUGUCAGCCCACCGCAUGAAGAGGCCCUGGGCCGGUCAGGUGGAGAAGCCCCCGGAGGAGCACAUCCCCAGACACGACCCCCAUAACCCCUUGUGCCCCGGGAACGCACGCGCUAAUGGAGAGGUGAAUCCAGACUACGAGAGCACCUUUGUUUUUCCAAAUGACUUCCCAGCACUGCAGCCUGACGCUCCAAGUCCUGGUACUGAUCAGCACCCACUCUUUCAAUCCAAAUCUGCUCAAGGUGUCUGUAAAGUCAUGUGUUUUCACCCGUGGUCAGACGUCACUCUCCCGCUCAUGAAGAAGGAAGAGGUCGUCAGGGUGAUUGACAAGUGGGCGGAUCUUAUUCAAGAACUGGGAGCCACCUACCCUUGGGUCCAGAUCUUUGAGAACAAGGGCGCCAUGAUGGGCUGCUCCAACCCACACCCGCACUGUCAGGUUUGGGCCAGUAACUUCCUGCCAAAUGAGCCGGCUGUGGCUGACCGCUGCCAGAGGGAGUAUUACCAAAAGCACGGCGAGCCUCUGCUGCUGCACUACGCCACACAGGAGGCCAGGAGGAAGGAGCGUGUUGUGGUGGAGAGCUCUGAUUGGCUGGCAGUGGUACCGUACUGGGCGACAUGGCCUUACCAGACAUUGCUGUUGCCACGGAGACAUGUAUUGAGAUUGACUGAUCUGACUGAGAAGGAGAGACUCGAUCUGGCCGACAUCAUGAAGAGACUCCUGACCAAAUAUGACAAUCUGUUCGAGGUCUCUUUCCCGUACUCCAUGGGCUGGCAUGGCGCUCCGACCGGCCCGCACCUCGCCGCAGACGCCUCACACUGGCAGUUGCACGCGCACUACUACCCUCCGCUGCUGCGCUCAGCCGCCGUCCGGAAGUUCAUGGUGGGAUACGAGAUGCUGGCCCUGGAGCAGCGAGACCUCACCCCAGAACAGGCUGCGGAAAAGCUCAGAAACCUACCAGACGUGCACUACAAAACUAUAACAACCCCAGAGGAAACAUCAAAGGAAGCCACAAGUUAA